AUGGGCAAGAAAGACACCAAAACCGCUGCCGCUGCCGCUCCGGCCGCUGCCGCCGCACCCGCCAAGGUCUCCAAGAAGGAGAAGAAGGCUCCCGCUGCCGCCCCCGCACCCGUCGCUGCUCCUGCCAAGGCCGACAAGAAGUCCAAGAAGUCGAAGAAGGCAAAGACCCCCACCCCUCCCCCUGCCGAGUCGUCCUCCGAGGAAGAGUCGUCCGACAGCGAGGACGAGAGCUCUGCCGACGAGAAGGACGUCAUCCCCGUUGUGGCUGCCCCUGUUGACACCGCCCCGGACUCUGACGACUCUGACUCGGAGGACUCUAGCGACGAGGAGGCCGCACCCGCACCUGCUGCCAAGGCGAACGGUGCUGCCCCUACCGCUGAGGAGUCUAGCGAUUCGGAGGACAGCUCGGACGAGGAGGCCGCACCCGCCGCUGCUGCUGCCGAGGAGUCGAGCGACGAUGACAGCUCGGACGAGGAGGAGGCUGAGGAGGAGAAGCCCAAAGCUAACAAGCGCAAGGCUGAAGCUGAACCCGCACCCGUCGCCAAGAAGGCCAAGGUCGAGGAAUCCAACGGCGAGGCGCCCGCCUCAUCCACCGUCUUCGUCGGCAAGCUCUCCUGGAACGUCGACAAUGACUGGCUCAAGUCCGAGUUCCAGCACAUCGGCGAAAUCGUCUCGUGCCGCGUCCAAUGGGACCACGACCAGAACCGGUCCAAGGGGUUCGGUUUCGUCGAGUUCUCCUCCCCCGACCUCGCACAAAAGGCCGUCACCGAAAUGGCCAACAAGGAGAUUGACGGUCGCGAGAUCAACAUUGAUAUCGCCGCCGGCCGGUCCGACAAGCCCAAGAACAACGACCGUCGUGCUGCCGCUUUCGGCGACAAGAAGUCGGACCCCGCAGACACCCUCUUUGUCGGUAACCUCCCCUUCUCGGCCAGCGAGGAUCAGCUGUACGAACUCUUUGCCGAGUACGGAGACGUUCAGUCGGUCCGUCUCCCCACCGACCGCGAAUCCGGUGCCCCCAAGGGCUUCGGAUACGUUACUAUGGGUGAUGUGUCGCAGGCUACCAAGGCACUCGAGAGCAUGUCGGGUCAGGCACAGAUCGAGGGAAGGAGGGUGGCGGUGGCUUCCGAGGCGGUGACAGGGGCGGGCGUGGCGGUGGCAGGGGAGGUGGUAGGGGCGGCUUUGGCGACAGGGGAGGGCGGGGUGGAGGACGGGGAGGUGGAAGGGGCGGAUUCAGCGACCGUGGUGGUGGUGGACGAGGUGGAGGACGAGGCCGCGGAGCCCCGCGUGGUGGUGCCCGAACUGGUGGGAUCGUCGAAGCUACAGGGACAAAAUUGA